AUGCUUCGCCUUGUCCACACUAGACUAGUCUCCCACGUUACUACUCCUCUUAGAAUCCCAACCACAGCCACAGCAGCCAGCCCUUCCCGUCUCCUCCAGCUCCCAUUCCACCAUGGUCUCUCCCACCACAUCUCCUCCUCCACCCCAAACGAUUCAUCAUCCCUGACGGUCCAUUUCCUCAAGAAGUCAUGCGGCCUCUCCUCCGAAGCCGCCCUCUCCGCCGCCAACAAAAUCCAUCUCAAAACCACCAAAAACCCCCGCUCUGUCCUCACCCUCCUCGAACACUUCGGCUUCUCCAAACCCGACAUCACCCGCAUCGUCACCAAGCGUCCCCAGCUCCUCCUCGCCAGCCCCGACCACACCCUCAAGCCCAAACUGGACUUCUACCAGAGCAUCGGGCUCUCCGGCGCCGACCUCGCAAGGCUUCUCUCAGGAAUUCCCGGGCUACUGCUAUGGAGCUUGGCGAAACGACUGCUCCCAAAUUUUAAUCUCCUCAAGACCAUACUCCACUCCAAUGAGAACGUCGUCUUAGCUGUCAAGAAGUGCCCUCGUCUGCUUACCUCCGACCUCCCCAACGUGUUGCUUCCCAAGAUCGAAAGCUUGCGAGACUACGGCAUGCCGGCGUCCGUAAUCUUCACCCUGCUCAUCACCCACCCGAAAUCUCUGGUCAAAGCAGCGGAUCAGUUCGAGAAUACUUUCAACGCGAUCAAGGGAAUGGGCGUCAGCCCUUCGACUUCGAUGUUCGCCCAUGCACUAGGGGUGUUCUCCAGAUUGCCCAAAUCAACAAUGGAGAAGAAGCUGGAGAAUUACCUGAGCUUGGGUUGGUCGCAGGAGCAACUCCUUGGGGCGUUUGCGAAGCAUCCGUACUGCAUGACGGCGUCCGAUGAGAAGGUCAGGAGAAACAUGGAGUUCUUCGCGGAGAAGCUGAAGUGGGGGCCGGCCUACGUGUCGGCGUAUCCGGUGGUUCUGUCGCUUAGCUUCGAGAAGAGGAUCGUUCCGAGGUGUUUGGUUUUGGAAAUGCUAGCGUCCAAGGGCUUGGUAAAGGGCGAUGUGAAAGCGCGGCACCUCAUGAUGGGGGAGAAGAAGUUCAUUGAGAAUUAUGUGAUCAAGUACGAGGGUGAAGUUCCGGAAAUAGUAGAUGCUAUGGGAGGUAACAAGUUGGGACUUGGUGGUUGGGAGAAGAGAAGCCUGGGAGUUGAUGGGUAUGAGCAUUUGGAUUCAACUUAA